UUGUCUAAGGGUGACUGUAGGCCACCGAGAGCCCGGAUCGGCAUCAAUGGAUUUGGUCACAUCACGAGAUUACUUGUCAGAUGCGCCAUAGCAGACAAACGAGGACUUGAUGUCGUUGCGAUAAAUGCGCCCGGCAUAACACCGGAGCAGCUGAUCUAUAUGAUAAAGUAUGACAGCCAGUACGGACCCUGUCCUGGAGUUGUAUCCGACAAAGUUGAAAUGAUUAAACCAGACAAAAACACACCACCAUGUCUUUUUAUUGAAGUGUGUGGUCGCAAAAUAGCAUAUUUUGACAAGAAGUGUCCCAACUUAAUACCUUGGCAGUGGCUCAAUGUGGAAUAUGUUAUCGAAACUAAUUCGAAUAUUAAAACGUUAGGAAUGGCGGAGGUAAAGAUAUCGCGUUGGUUCCCAUGUUCAAAUCCGGCCCAUCUGCGUGGUGGAAGAGCACGCAAGGUAAUUGUAACUGGUGAUACUGUCGACAUACCUGUCAUGAUAUAUCCGAUCAGUUACAAGUCCUUCCAACGGGGCACAAGCAUUAUAUCUGCCGGCAGUCCGCACGCAAUGGCGCUUGCUACCAUUCUAUACGUUCUGCACAAACAAUUUGGAAUAAGAGAGUGCAUGACCACAAUAACGUCCUCAUAUAUCGAUAACCAAAAGACGGAAUGGCGAAUGGGCAGAGGUGCCUUUCAGUCAAUAAUUCCAAUGCCCUGCGGUUCGAUCCUACAGACAGUUCUGCAGGCGAUUCCUAGAAUGCGCGGUAAGCUCUCCCUCUCGGGCUUCUCCGUACCCACUGCGACUGGCAGCGUAGCGGACCUGACAUGCAGUUUCUCUAACAACGUGCCUUCCGUCCAGGAGCUUGCUAAGGCCCUGAAGGAGGGAAACGUACUGAAGAACCUGGCGAAUAUGCAUGAGAAGUGUCAACCUGGCUGGCUCUUACAAUAUUGGUGUCCGGAGGAAAUGGAGGGCCUGAAGAAACACCUACCGAAGAUAGAGUGCACCGUGAAAACAGAGCCUAAACCAGAGUUCCAUCUACCCACCUUCAGUGAUGACGAGUCUCCACGUCAAAAGCCAGCGCGACAGAUAAAAAAGGAACCCACCUCACCACGCUUUUUUGCGGAUCAGACUAAGGAACGCCCAACACCGGUUAUGGAGAUCUGGGAGGAGGACCAUCUGGGUGUGUCAGCGGACGUAAAGGCGGCUCCUUGUAUGGCGAUCCUGGAUGCAAACUCCUGUCUAGCAGUGGAUAAUGGAUCGCUAAUGAAAAUAAUUUCUUGGUACGACAAGGACAUGUCCUACUGCUUGCGAAUAAUGGAUACAAUUGUUUUUAUGCGGCAUAUCGAUCACAGCUAG